GACUUCGAAGGCUGUGGUGAACAUCACUAGGUGCUCCGAGUGACUGGAAGCGGGGUGUGUAUAGCGCAUACAGCUAAAUCAAGCCCGUCACGAUGAUAGUGUUCACCAUCAUCAUCGUCAUCCUGAUCAUCAUGAUGAAUGCUCUCUAUCAAGAAAUGGAGAGACGCGACGCCCUUCUCCUAAACGCUACGCUCAGCAAUGCCUCCUUAUUCCUGGCUAAUGACUUCGAUGACGCUUGGAUGAGUGGAUUUGUAAAUGAAAACUUGACUCUGAACCUCAAUGACACUUCGGAGUCAAGUGGACCUUCGGAAGUCAGGGUCAUGAUUCAACCUGACUGGGAAGUCGUGGAAGGAACGUACGAACACUUCAAAGACGAGAACUUCGAAACACUUUUAAUCGCUGUCGGUGUUCCCUAUUUUGUGAGGAACAUGAUCAUAGGAACAACUCCUACAGUGCAGAUUAAACACGUUGAGAAAGGAGACGAUUACUAUUACGAUAUUGAAGGCGACUAUAUAGCAGACGAGGACCAAGGCGACAUCCCAGAGCCCGGUUAUCAGCUGGUCAUCACGACGUCUACGUGGAUGAAAACGUCGGAGGAAAGGAUUCGCCCGGGAUACUCGUUUCUUAAGACGGAUUUUGAUGGGUCUCCGUCCAAGAACACUUAUAAGUUCAUGACUCCGAGAGUUUUAUUGCAUAGGAAGGAGAAGGAGAACAUGAAUACGGAUAUUAUUCGCAAAUUCGAUGGACAAGGCUUCGUUAUGACUAUAUUCAGCAAAGAGGCUAAUAUGAUUGCGAAGAGACAUUUCAAACGCGUUUAGGCCUAUAACAUUUCUUAUGUGUAUGUAUAUAUAUGUAUGUGUAUAUGCACACACACACACACACACACACACAUAUGUCUGUAUAGAUAGACAGAUAGGUAGAAAGAUAGAGAGGUAGAUAUCUUG